AUGGAGAAAUCCAUGAGCAGUUCAAAACCUCUGAAGACGCAUGAAAUCCAGCAACUACAAAGGCAUCAAAUGCCUGCAACUGGGCAAUCUGUUGCUCUCCAGUCUGCCAGACACCAAUUUCAGGACACAGGUCUUGACAGUUUGGAUGAUGUUGGGUAUAUCUGGCAUCAAAAAAGAAGGCUACAGGAAUUCCAAAUCAGAUACCUAGCAAGAAACUUCUUCUACCUGUGGGCAAAAAAGACAUUUGGACAAGUUCUCCCUUCAAAAGCCAGGUGCUUUUAUGACCAGAAGAUUCUUCAAAAAACGUUUAAAGAAUGGUGGGCUGUUUGCAGAGAAAUGAAGCUCAGCCUCAGAGCAGAGAGCCAUUACAGGCAUUUACUCCAUAAUUUUAUAUUCAAAGCUUGGAGAGCCUACAUAUGCCAGCAACAAGAAAAGAGGAACAAGUACUGUGUUGCAGAGUCUCAUGCAAGGAAGAAAACGUUGCUCAGGACCUGGCAAUGCUGGCUGCUUUAUGUCGAUGUUCAAAGGAUAAAGCACGGGAUGCAGGCUGUGGCACUGGCAUUCAGGGAAAGAAGCUGCUUGCGCCUAUCAUGGGCAGUUUGGAGGCAACGAUACUACCAGAAUCUUCUGGCCCUGCAGCACUGGGCCCAGAGCCUGCAAUUUCGAGCUUGGUGGCAGUGGUGGGAGCUGUAUUUAUACAGCCAGAAUGACAGGCAGAAGGAGACCAGGGCAGUAGCUCACCAUCAGCACUGGGAAUUGAAGAGAUGCUUGGAAGUGUGGCUGGGAUACUUACACCUCCAGAGAGCAAAGAAACGUCAGAAUGAGAGAGCCCAAGAGCACCACCGGAGCAGGAUGGUCCGGCAGUGUUUCUCUAAAUGGCACCUGUCCUGGGAGUGCAGGAGAAGAAUGCAUGCUCAACAAGAAGAUACUGAAAAACUAGCAGGAAGGAUUGCUCAACAGAUGGACUUUGCACACUGGAAGCAUUGUGUUGUACUGUAUGUGGAAGACACUCGACAGCGUGAGCUGGCUGAAAAACACUACAAGCAUCAUCUCUUGAAACUUGGGUUUAAGGGUCUGUGGCAGAAUGUCAUGACUGCUCAUCUUCAGCAAAUGAGAAGAAAUCUGGCGUACUGUCAGCAUGAAGUAACAAUGCUGCAGAAAUUCUGGAACCGUUGGAAGUCCCAUUUGGAAGAGGAGGAAGAACAACAGCACCAGGCCUUAACAGAAGUUGCUCAUGCUCAUUAUAGGAGGCUGUUGAUGAGACAGGUAUUUGACACGUGGCUGCUGAGGACCUGCGAGCAGCAAGAAUACGAAAGAGCAGAGAAGAGGGCUGUACUUCAUUUUGAAAGGCAACUGUUGCGUGGUUUCUGGUGCUUCUGGCAUAAAAGAACAGCUGCACGUUUGGAGGAGCAAAAGGCCUUGGCUUUUGCAAGCAAUCACUACAGUAACCUGCUGCUGCUCAAGGCUUUCUGUCUGUGGAAGCAAAACACUCAGGAGAGAAAAAUGGAGAGGCUCAAGGAGUUGCAAGCCUUGAGAUUUCACUAUUCAAAGUGUGUGCAGCAGUCUUGGAACAAGUGGAGGGAGUACGUGGGACAUCAGCGUGAGAAAUGGAAGAAGUUGGUAGACGCAGAGAUGCAUUAUCGGCACACGUUACUGAGCAAGACCUUGGCAGCCUGGAAGAGUUACCAACAUAACGUGCAGUGCAUUCUGUCCCAAGUAGCUGGAAAGGAGAAGCAGCACAGGAGGCGGCAGCUGCGACAGCUUCUGGGUACAUGGAGAGAAAAUGCCCUUGAAGCUAAGGCAACUGCUCGGGCAGAUGAGCACUACAGGAGAGCAAUCCUGUCAAAGGUGUUGCUACAGUGGAAAUAUGCUGCCUUGCUGCAAGGGUACUACUGUCAGCAGAAGAGGAAAGCUGUGAUGGAAGCCAGAAGACAUCUGGAUACAUUGCGUUUACAGGCCCUGUUUCUUCACUGGAAGAAAUUAACUUGGGAGUCUUUGCUGAUGAGGGCUCAGCAGCACAGGGCAGUACAGCACCACCAGCAGCACCUACUCCAGAAGUACCUGGUGAAGUGGAAGAAGUAUCAUCAGCAGUGCCUUGGGCACAUGCUACUAUUGAUACAGGGAGAUCAGCUAAUGGCUCAUAGACUUUGCUCUGCUUCCUUCUCUUGCUGGAAUACACAACUGUUGCAGCAGCCAUGGGAAGAGCCCAAGACAGCACAAGCAUUGUGGCACUGGUCCCUUUUAUUGCAGAGAAAGGUAUUUGAUGCUUGGCACAGAUUUUCUAAGGAGCAACAGCAGAAGAAAGAUGACAUUGAAAAAUCCACAGUUCACCACACUACUUUUCUGAGAGAAGGUGCAGCCCGUGUCUUGAGCUGCACUGCUGGCAUGAAACAACUACAGGGACAGCUCCAAACCCAGCACCAGCUGAAGGCAGUCUAUGACCUUCACCAGUCAGUGUAUCGUUGUGCCAUGCUGUGGAAAUGGAAGGCUCUCUCCAAGAAAUUAAAUAAGCCUUUAUCUUUUCUGCCACAUCUGAAGAAGCAAGUGGCAUUGAAAAUGCCUGAUGUUGGCCCUGAGGCAAGAGGACACUUAACAGGGGAGGAACCUUCAAAAUGCAAUCGUCCACCAUUUCACCUUGCUGAUGGGAACUCAAUUUUCAGAGAUCUGACUGCUGUUCGACGAGCAAGGUUACUACCACAAAGGCUUGACUUCCUCCUGGAAUCUCUAGGAAGCAAGGAACUGCUGGGACCUCCUUUUACUAGAUCAGAGGCCCCCUUUCAGCAAACAUCUGUGAACAAAUGUUCUGUGCAGUCUGGGAACUUAAUGCUCACGCCUCAGAUGGAAGUAAGUCCCUGCAAAUGUCUGUCUCAAACAGGCAAUACCACUCAGUCCUGUCCAUCUGCUGUACCUGCUGCUCUCCUGUCUGUACCACUAUGGACACCUGCUGUGCACCAUCCUGCUCGGAGUCCAAAGCUAUGGACUCCUUCAUCUUUUGUGCCCCAAAUGAAAGCUGGAGCUGAAAUGAGGGGCAGACAGCCUGGGAGUGGUCACAAUGGAGCCCAUUCCCAAGAUACUCAAAAGGACUCUGUGGAGAAGUUGCAACCAAACUUACAGCCACAUUUGCUGUCAUGUGAAGACUUGCUGGGAAAAAAGAAUUGCCAAACUGAAGAAGGGGAAGAAAGGGAGCACAGUUGCAGAGAAGAAAUGGCAUUUCAGAGAGAGCUGGAAAUGGAACUGCAAUGCAUCCAGGAGCAGAUGGCCUGUCAGCAGCAGGCACAGCUUCUACAGAAGUGGCUAAAAAUGAACUUGGAACCAGAGGAUGAAGACCACCUACGAGAGGCUCAGGAAGAACUGCACUGGUUGCAGGUGAGGAUCCAGACUCUUACCCAAGCACAAUCAAGAGCAAGAUGCCACGUGCAGAACCUGCUUGUCCGCCUACACGAUAUCAGGACUGCUCUGGAUACAUAA